CAGGAGCGGCUUUGCGUAUGAAAUGAGGUCUAGAGAGUGAUCCGGAAGUCCCGCCUAUCACUUCCGGCAUCAGACUGAAGCUUCUCAGGAAAGAAAAGGGUUCCUGAGAAGAAGCACUGAAUUAUCCCUAAACAUGAUCCGUAUAGCAGCCCUGAAUGCAAGGGCUGCCAUUGAAGAUGAUGAACAGGAAGAAACCUUCAAGAGCCACAAGACACAGACCAAGGAGGCCCAGGAAGCAGAGGCCUUUGCCUUGUACCAUCGGGCCCUUGACCUCCAGAAGCAUGACCUUUUUGAGGAAUCGGCCAAAGCCUAUCACCAGCUCCUUGGAGCAAGGCUUCUGAGAGAGGUGGUCCCUUCCGGAGAGGGUCUGAGGCUGAAAUAUUCCACUUUCAAGAACUUGGCCCAAUUGGCAGCUCAAAGGGAUGACCUGGAGACGGCCAUGCAGUUCUACCUCGAGGCGGUGCUGCUGGAUGGGACGGAUGUGAGCCUGUGGCACCGCAUUGGGCGCCUGGCACUGCGUCUUAUCCGACUGCCUUUGGCCCGCCAUGCCUUUGAGGAAGGCCUCCAGUGCAACGCCGACCACUGGCCCUCCCUCGAUGCCCUCCUCACCGUCCUUUAUGCCCUCGGAGACUACCCCACCUGCCUCUACUUCACCUGCAAGGCCUUGGAGAAGGACUGCAAAUACAGCAAAGGCCUGGUUCUCAAAGAGAAGAUCUUCCAGGAACAGCCUUCUCUCCGAAAGGACUCCCUCCACAUGUUCCUCAAGGGGGACCUGCAGGAGGCACCAAAAGUGGAGGAAGCGGAAGCAGCGGCCAUUUUGGAGGAAGCGCUGGACCUGAGGAGGAAGAGGCGGGAGGCCCUAGAGGACAGGAAGCAGCAGCAGCAGGAGGCGGAGCUACGUUUGGCACAGCCCCUCCCACAUCUCACGUGGAGGUGCCUUGGAGAGAGCCUGCUGGCCACCUACCGCUUGCUGACGACCUCCGACCCCCCGCGACCUAGCCUGGGAACAAGGGUUGAUCUCUUUUCAGAGGGAGGGGCGCCCACUACCAACCCCAGUGACCUCCCAGCUCCCCCAUCCAUCCCGACGGCCGACCCCUCACCCACCUUCGCCCCGACGACCCCCACCUUCCUGGAGUCAGUUGGAGGCGAGGCCUCAGCAGGGGACAAGGCCAGGAAGGCAGCCAAGCGGAAGAGGGCCACCGAGGAGAGCGGGGAGAUGGUCAAGCGGCGCUCGGCCCGAGUGCGCAACACCAAGAGCAAGAAGGAAGAGAAGGUGGACUUCCAGGAGCUCCUGGCCAAGUUCCUCCCACCUCGGUUGAGGAAGCUGGACUCAGAGGAGGAGGAGGGCCCCUUCGGCGGGAGUUUUGAGGUCCAGUCCGAAGCCAUAGAGGAGGCCCUCCAUCCCUCAGGGGCUCUCAGCGACCCCCUCGACUCGGGCCCCACCAUGGAGUCUGAGGAGCAAGGGGUCCAGCGCUUCCUGCUCUGCAACCGGCACAACGGGGGCCUCCUAGAGCUGAUGCUGCGCUUCCUGAAGGCCGUCACCCGCCGCUUCCUCUCAAAAUGGCCACCAGGGCUGGCAGAGGUGGUGCUGGGCAUCUUCCGCAGCUGGAGGCCCCACAGCAGCAGCCUCCCCAAUCCACUCCUCAGGGACUGCCCUGAUGCACACAUCCGGGAGAUGAUGCUCAUGAGCCUCUCCUGCAUGGAGCUCCAACUCGACCAGUGGCUCUUGGCGAAGGGGAAGAGCUCCCUGGUGUCUCCACGGAGUGGCGGUGGCGGCCAGCUUAAUAAUGGCAAAUUUGGGCCUGACUUCCCUGGGGCUCACUUCCUGGGGGACCUGCUGCAGCUCUCCUUUGCUUCUUCCCAGAGGGACCUUUUCCAGGAGGAAUGGCUGCCUUUCGUGGCCCGUGUCUAUUGGCUGAAGGCCCGCUUCUUGGCCCUACAGGGCGACACGGAGCAGGCCCUGGAGAACUAUGACGUAUGUGGGGAGACCCUUCGCAGUGGAGGUUUGGGCAGCCAAGCAGGGGGGCAGCCCCUCAUCCUCCGCCUCCCUAACCUCCACCUGGACUCGGUCCUCUCCCUGGAAGAGAUUGACAAAAACUUGAAAUCCUUGGAGCGCUGCCAGUCCUUGGAGGAGAUCCAGCGCCUUUAUGAGGCCGGCGACUUCCGGGACGUGGUGGCCCUCCUCCGACCUACCCUCUCCUUCACUGGACUUGGGCGCGAGAAGCACCUUGACUUUGCCAUCUCUGUCCCAGAGAGGCCCGCACAGCUUCUCCUUGUCCAGGACUCACUCCUGAAGCUGGGGGACUUCCGCCAGUGCUUCACCUGCUCCGAAGUGGCCCUGAAUGAGGCCUUCCAGCAGAUGAUCAACGUGACAGAGGCCUCAGCCAGAGAGGAGUGGGUGGCCACCGUCACCCAGUUGCUGCGUGGCAUCGACUGGGCCUUGUCGGCAGAUCCCAGUGUCCUGGAUGACCCCAGCACCCUCCCCGGCCGGAUCCGGCUGGCCAGCAACCUCAUCCAGAUCAUCGACUGCAGCAUGGCAGCGGUGGGGGAGGAGGGAAAGGAGCCCUUUGUGUCUUCCGUUGUUCCCUGGAUCACUCUCCACCGGAUUGUGAGGCAUGAGGAACAAGUAACCGUUGGGUCUCCCAUCUGCCCAGCAACCGAGGAACAGCAACCACAACAGCACCCCUACGAGGAAGGGGCCCCUUCUCCGGAGUCUCCCCUUUUGCCCUCUUCCCUGAUGCUCCUCAAUACGGCACAUGAAUAUCUCGGACGACGCUCUUGGUGCUGCAACUCGGAUGGUGCCCUCCUCAAAUUUUACGUGCGAGUCCUUCAGAAAGAGCUCCUAGCGUCCACUUCGGAGGACACUCAUCCCUAUAAGGAGGAGCUGGAGACGGCCCUGGAGCAGUGCUUUUACUGUCUCUACGGCUUUCCCAGCAAAAAAAGCAAGGCCCGGUACCUGGAGGAACACUCCACCCAACAGGUGGAUCUGGUGUGGGAGGAUGCCCUCUUCCUGUUUGACUACUUCAAGCCGAAGACCCUCCCUGAGUUCGACAGCUACAAGACCAGCACUGUCUCGGCCGACUUGGCCAACCUCCUAAAGAAAAUGGCCGCCAUUGUCCCCCAAACAGAGAGGCCCACCUUGAAGAUGGAGGAGGUCUCUGGCUACAUCGAAGGGACCCUCAGCAAGGCCCCAGCUCUCCCCGAAGGGGCGGACGACAGCCCUCCGGUGGUGACGGAGCUAUAUUACCUCCUGGCGGAUUACCAUUUCAAGAACAAAGAGCAGGCCAAAGCCAUCAAGUUCUACAUGCACGACAUCUGCAUCUGUCCCAACAGGUUUGACUCAUGGGCGGGAAUGGCUCUGGCGAGGGCCAGCCGCAUCCAAGACAAGCUCAACUCCAACGAGCUGAAGAGUGACGGCCCCAUCUGGAAGCACUCGGCUCCCGUCCUGAACUCCUUCCGGAGGGCUCUUGAGAUCGAUGCCUCCAACCUCUCCCUCUGGAUUGAAUUUGGGGCCACCUCCUACGCCCUGCACUCCUUUGCCUCCCGGCAGAUCAAGCAACGCAAGGCCCAGAUGGCCCCCGAGACCCUCACACAGAUGGAGGAGCGGCGGGAGGGAAUGCUGGCGACGGCCAAGCGGUGCUUCUCUUCAGCCUCCAACUGCGAAGGGGAUGGGGACGAGGAGGAAUGGCUGAUCCACUACAUGCUGGGGAAAAUUGCUGAGAAGCAGAAGGAGCCGCCUCUGGUCUACCUCCGUCAUUACAAGCAAGCCGCACACUUCCUGCAUGAGGAGGCUGCCCGAUACCCCAAGAAGAUCCACUACCACAAUCCUCCAGAGCUGGCCAUGGAAGCCCUGGAGGUCUACUUCCGCCUCCAUGCUUCCAUCUUAAAACUGGUGGGGAGUCCCGAUUGGGGUGUCGACGCGGAGGUGCUGGUCACCUUCAUGAAGGAGGCAGCCGAGGGGCCCUUCGCCCGGGGAGAGGAGAAGAACGCUCCCAAAAUGGCCGAAAAGGAAAAGCUGCUUCUGGCGGACGACGACUCGGGCUCCUCCUCUUCUGGGACGGUGGCUCCGGGGCCAGGGACCUCCUCUUCCUCUUCCUCCUCUGGCCCAGGUCUGACUUCCCCUCCUUACACCGCCACUCCGGUUGACCACGAUUACGUCAAAUGUAAAAAAAGCCGCCCGCAGGCCGCUACGGAUGAACGGAGCCAGGACAGCAACACGGCAGUUGUUCUCUCGGAUUCGAACUCGACACAAGAUGUCUUUGCAGGACCUGCUUCCUCCUCGGAUGGACCCAGUGCCACUCCUCUUGCUGAGGAGGAAAGGGGGAAGCCUGAGGGCCCCCCAUCGGAGCCCCCCCCACAGAAGCCUCCCCCUCCUCCUGCCCUCCCACUCCUCCCUGCGGAUCCGGUGGGCCGGGUGUGGGCCCUGUGUGUGGGGGCCCUGCGCCUGUGCCUCUCCCGCUUCCCCCAGCACUACAAGAGCCUCUACCGCCUGGCCGCCCUCUAUGCCUAUGGCCCCGCCCACAAGAACCUUCUUUGGGCCCGAGAUGUCCUCCUGGGGACCCCGCUGCCUUGGACCCAGCUGCCGCACAUGCCGGCCCAGGGCCUCUUCUGCGAGCGGAACAAGACCAACUUCUUCAACGGCAUCUGGCGCAUCCCGGUGGAUGAGAUUGACCGCCCAGGGAGCUUUUCGUGGCACAUGAACCGUUCUAUCGUCCUCCUCCUGGAGGUCCUUUCUCAACUGAAGGACCACGGAACCCUUCUCAAGGUCUGCUCCAUGCUCCAGAGGACCCCCGACCAGGGAAAAAAGUACCUCCGGGAUGCUGACCGGCAAGUCCUGGCCCAGCACGCCUUUGCUCUCACAGUCCUGGCCCUUGAGGAGAUGCUGAACGACAUAACAGAGGACGCCGACGACCCUUGCGGGGGGGACAAGAAGGUAGCUGACCCCACGGCUGAAGAGGAGCCCAAGAUGACUGUUGAGAAGGCCCUACCCCCUUCCAAAAUGGCCGCUGAGGCGAUGGAUGUGGAGGUCCGGACCCCAGAGCUCUCCCUCGAGGAGCUGAGUAUCAGCUCUCGACUUCCUGUUCCAAAAAUGACCCCGAGGGUGAACCGGAAGCGGAAGUUGACACAGGACCCUGAGUCCGGAAAGAGGCUGCUCCUGGAUGCCUACCGGGUCUGGCAGCAGGGUCAGAAGGUUGUGACCUACGACCUGGGCAGGAUUGAGAAGAUCAUGUCUGAGACCUACAUGCUGAUCAAGCAGGUGGAUGAGGAGGCUGCUUUGGAGCAAGCAGUGAAGUUCUGCCAGGUCCAUGUUGGAGCCGCGGCCCAAAAACAGAACAUGGGGGAGACCCCUUCCACCCCAAAGCCCCCCAAGGAGGGAGCCUUCCCUCUGAUGUCAACCCCCUUGAUGACCUCCGACCCCCGCCUCCCCAAGGAGAGCAAGAUGGCCACCCCAACCUCAGCUGUAACCCCGACCCCUUUGUUGCUCCUUCUGCCGACUACCUCCACCCGGACACCUGAGGCGACCACUUCGUCCGGCACCAAGCCCUCCAUUGGCGGCCAAAGAGAGGACGAAGAGGAGGAGGAGGAGGAAGAGGAAGGGGAGCUGGACCCACCCUCCAAGAUGGCCACUGCCACAAUGGGGAUUGUGGCCCCAGAGGUUGACCCUGGGAAGGUUGAAGGGGUCCCACGGCCGAAGCCCCGCCCCCCUCCUGGGGUCCCCAGACUCUUCAUCCCCUCCUUGACCGCCUCAUCGACGACAGCAAUGACCCCCAAGUUCCCCCCGGAGAUCACAGUGACCCCGCCAACCCCAACCCUCCUCUCCCCAAAGGGCAGCGUCUCUGAGGAAACCAAGCAGAAGCUCAAGUCGGCUAUCUUGUCCUCCCAGUCAGCUGCUAACGUCAAGAAGGAGGCACUCCGCCAACCGGCCCUCGAGAUCCUAGAGACAUCCAGCCAGGAGUCCUCUCUGGAGAGUGAGGAUGAUGAUGAUGAAGAAGAGGAAGAGGAAGACUAUAUGGAUGCCUGAGGAACACCUUCCACCAUCUUGGAUUCCAGCCAAAAGGGGGAUCAACAAAACAUCCCGAUCCUUUUCCAUCUGUUUGUUCCAAUUUGUUCCAAUUUUGGGAUCCCAGAAUAAUAUUUUCUCGUCUUUUUGUCACCAUGGUGUUAACAAAUAUCGACAACUUUUCCAAUUUUUUGUUUAUUUUUUUCUAUUUUUUCUCACAUUUUUUUUAACGUCGCCCAUCUUUAAAAUAAAACCGUUUUCUUGUUA